GGAUAGAGCACACAACACGUGAGAAGUGAAAAGACGCCAAAAAGGCAAGAGCAAGAGACAAUGGAAGACGAUGAGGACCAAGCCUCCUUGCCAUCAUCUGGCGAGCAAGAUGUUACGGCAGCCGAAGAAGAUGCUACUCAUCAAGAACUGAUUCCUCCGUUUCUACCGAAUCAAAAAGUCUUUACGGCGUACAUUGAACAGCCUCGAUCGCCCAAGGGCGCCACGACGGCAGCCGCCCAGACGACCCCCAAAAAGAAAAAGUUGGAACGGUACUUUGAAGGUGUGAUUCGUCAAGUCCGCCAUCAUCCGCAUUUGACGGGAGAUUCCAGUUGGUCGUUUUUGAUUCAUUUCAAGGGAUGGAAUGCCCGGUACGAUCGAUGGAUCACCGCGUCGGAGCUCUUGCCGGAUACACCCGACCAUCGACAGCGUUUCGAAGAACAGCAGCAACAGGAAGAACACAAACGGCAAGCCGAAAAGGAGGCGCAGAAGCAAGAACAAUUGAGAAAGCAACAGCGAAAAAAGGAACUCAAGGCAGCCCAACAACAACAACAAGCACCAGUGGCAGAGAUUGCGGAUGGAGGACUGGUAUUGCCAUUUACACUCAAGACUGUCAUGGUGGAAGAAUGGGAAAAAAUCAAUCGAAAAGGCUAUGAUGCGCCGUAUGGAUAUGACAAGGAUUUGUUACAAACUGCUAACGACAAUAGUGAUUCAACAACAAUCAGCCAGGGACCACCGCGCAGCGUCCAUGCCCUCCCCGCCACGGUCACCAUCCGUCAAUUGCUCAAACACUUUGAAAAAAAGACACGCAAACAAUGGCUCGAAAAACAACAGCAGCAACAACCACCCGAUGAAACCAAAACCAACCAAAUCAAACAAGAAAUUCGACAAUUCUGCAAGGCAUUGGGUCGAUUGUUCGAAAAUGCCUUGCCCGUCUGUCUUCUCUACGAACAGGAACGGCCUCAAUACACAUUUCACAUUGAACGACAUCAACAAGAAAACAACAACAGUGCCAUUUCACCACUGGACGUGUAUGGAUGCGAAUUUCUCUUGCGACUCCUGGUACGAUUGCCACAGUUGAUGCCAUCCAAUAACCAAAACAACGCCGCCAGAUCCACUGCAUUACUACAGGAUUUGAUACUCUUGUUGCAACAAAAUCGACCUGCCUGUUUCAAGCAAAAGUUUCGACCGCCAAUCUAUCCACACGAAUGGUUGCCCUGGGAAACGAAAAAGUACGGUAAGAACCAAACACAACCACGACAACAAACAAAGCAGGAUGCAAAAAGUAAACAGAAAGAGGGAGGAACCGCCGAAGGUGAUGUGUUUGGGUAGCAUCAUAAGACUGGCGAUCACUAUGAUGAGGGGAAUCUAGCUUAAUUUUAAAAGAGUGAAGCUCUCAUUUAUGUAGAUCGUUUGGUCGAUAUUGUUGUUUGUCUAUGCUGCAGCAUUUAUAUCUAGGUGUUCAUUCGGUG